AGCACAGGUGGGAACAGUGUUUUAUGGAGUCUUGAAUGUUAGGGAGGUUUCACAGAAGAUUCUCAGGGUGGAAGGCUUUUGGGCUGAGCCUGAAAGGAUGAACAGUUUUCCCACAGCCCCCUUACACUUAUUAGUAUGCAAAUAGUCAUAACUCAAUACAUGCAUUCAUUUUGCAUUUUAACUAUGAUCAUGAUUAUCUCUGUUAUACAAAUGUGCCUUGUUAAGUUCUUAAAAUCCUUAUUUCCCUUAACAUUUCAAAAGUCAGGAAAAUCUGUCACCUCAAGUCAUACAUACAGUUGGUACAUGAGAAGUGCAAUAAAACUCUUGUAGAACAAAAGAAAUCUCUUUUUUUCACUAUAAAUGAGCUUGCUGGGGUGUUUAAUCAUAUUUCUUCUUUCCCUCCUCCAUCAAAUGUUUCCUUCAGGAAAGCCAUGGGGCAUGUUUGAGCUGAAUGCGUUUUAAAAACAAUGUUGUUUGACUUUGAUUUUUAAUCAGAAAUGCUUUGUUUUCUGUAAAUGUCUUUUGGCACCUGUAGUCUUUGUUCUCCCUUCUCUUCCCACCUGCCCCACAUCCUCAGACAAGGGAGACUUGGCUGAACACAGACAUCAUACUCAGGGCACUUUAGGUCACCUUUCAGAAGGUACUGAAAAGGGAGGAGGAGGCUCCCAUAUGGGGAGAGCUAUUUUCUGUCUCCAUUUUCUCAUCUGUAAAAUGGGCAUUAGCAAUAGUACUUAUCUUCUCAGUUAUUAUCUGUUGGAUUUAAAUGAAAGAUGUUAGAAUUGAGCCUGACAUGUAGUAGGUACUCAUAAAUGUUUUUUUUUUUUUUUUAAUUAUUUGUCCCUCUUUUCCUGUGUUUCACGAAUGCCGAUCUGUGUACCAGCUGCAAUAUAUGUCCUGGCCAGACAGAGGAGUCACUAGCAAUCCUGAACAUGUGCUCACCAUGGCGGAGGAAAUCCAUCACCUCCAGGGAUAUGGCCCCAGGCCCGUCUGUGUCCACUGCAGGCUGUGGGUGAACAGGUGUCCCGUGCACUGUGGACUAAACAGGUGCUCUUGACCCAGCCUCUUCGGCGUGGUCCUGGAGAUGAGAAAGCAGCGGCCUGCAGCUGUGCAGACAAAGGAGCAUCUCGGCGCCCGGGUCCCCGGCUCCCGCUAUGGCCGACACGGACACGUACGCGGUGGUGCAGAAGCGCAGGGCGCCCCCGGGGCCCGAGGCGGGGGCGCGGGGGCGCGGCGCGGAGGCGGCGCCGCUCUACAGCCAGGUGCUGCCGCGCGCCCGGCGGCCGCAGGCGCGCGCAGAGGAGGCGCAGGGGGCGCCGCCCGGGCGCGUUCUGGCUGACCAAAGCCCCGCUGGGCCUGACGCCUACGAGGACGUGGUGGAUGGAGCUCAGACCGGUGGGCUAGGGACAGCUGCCCUCUGUCACCGCAGUGGGGCCCUCUGCUACCUCCUGUGCCUCAUUGCCUGCCUGCCAGGCCAGGACUCCAUGGCUGGGAGCUGCCUGCAGUGCUCCAAGGACUUUCACUACCUUGGUGGCAGGACAGCUCAGCAGCCGUGCCUCACCAGAAUCUGCAGCCGGCUCCCAAGACUCAGAGAAAGCAAAGACUACCAGUGUUACCUGCCCAGGCCAGAGCCAAAAGCAAAGCACACUGCCCAUGUCUUCUGCCCUCUGGGCUACUUCUUCAUAGACAGAGUCCUUAGCUGCCAGCCUCGCCCCACAGGGCACUGGCCAAAGGACAGCAGUGGAAGAGGAAUGGAGGGAGGGCCCCUGCACCUGCGGGCAGAAGGCCACUUCUGCCCAGAUGGUGCCAUCACCAUGCCAUGCCUGGCCAGGACCUUUGAAAGCAGGAGGGAGACACCCCACCCCAACACCAGCUUCUGCUCAGCAGUUCUCAGCCAGUGUCUGCAAUGCCCAGCGGGAUACUUCUGCCCCAACCAAGCCUCCCAACCCAUCCCAUGCCAGCCAGGCACAUUUAGCCCGAAUCCAGGCCAGGAUGAAACCACAGACUGUGUUCCAUGCCCAGCAGGCAAGGCCUGUACCCAGGCUGGGCUGACUCAGCCAGAUGCAGAGUGCACACCGGGGUAUGUGUGCCCUGUGGGCUCUUCCAGCCCCAAUGCUCCCACCCAUGCCUGCCCACCCGGGACAUUCAGCAGCCGCAACAACCUCUCCGACCUGUCACAGUGUGAGGUCUGCCCCUCGGGAGUAGCCUGUCCUAGGGGAACUGGAAGUCCAAACUGGCCCCCCGUCCCCUGUCCAGCUGGCCAUUAUUGCCCUCUGGGCACCAAACGGCCGACCCAGUUCCAGUGUCCCCCAGGCACCUGGAGUAACCAGACUGGACUAACAGCAGUCGAGGAGUGUGUACCUUGUCCCAGGGGCUGGUUCUGUGUCACUGGAGCCCAGCUUCCCUCAGGGACAUGCAAAGCUGGGCAUUACUGCCCACAAGGUACAAUGUGGGGCACCCAGUUCCCUUGCCCAGCAGGCACCUACAGCUCUCAAGCAGGCAACAGCCAGAUGGAAGACUGUCUGCCAUGUCCCCCAGGGGCCUUCUGCCCCAGUGGUGCCCCCAAGCCCGUGCUCUGCCCACGGGGAACCUCCCACCAGAGUCUGGGUGCAAGGCUGGCUGUGGCCUGUGUGCUUUGCCCUGCAGGUCACCACUGCCCUGAGCCAGGCACUGCUACUCCACAGCCCUGUGGUGCUGGAAGCUUCUCUGGUCCAGGCCAUCUCUGGUGCCAAAAGUGCUCAGGAGGAAAGCUCUGCAAUCAGACAAAACUGGCCCGCCCCACAGCAUGUCCACCCGGGCACUACUGCCCAGCCCCAGGCCUGCUGACCAUCCCUUGUCCCAUGGGCACUUUCCGAGAGGCCCCUGGGGCAGCACGUGUGGAAGACUGCCAGCUGUGCCGCCCUGGGGCCUUCUGUGGCAGAACAGGCCUCACUGAGCCCCAGGGGCUAUGCAGUCCUGGGCACCACUGUGGGCCUGGUUCCAACACCUCCUCUCCGGUGAGUGCAGGCCCUCCUGGGCCUAAGGGAGGCAAGGCUGGCCUGAGCUCAGAGGCCUGGGCUGGAGUCAGGGGACACCAGUACCUACCUUUAGGGCUCACGGCUUCUUGGGGUAACAGAGCAAAAAUGGUGGGACGUUGCAGAGACAGAGCCAGUAAAACUGCAACCAUUAAACAUGGCCAAUAAAAAUGUGGAAGGGCCAAAGUAUUUAAUAUCAGUUUCCAGCUUUUACCUAAAAAGCCACCAAAUACAAAUAAGUCAUCAGUUAGGAAAAAGCACAACAGAGCUGACAAUUAAGACACAUGAACCAAAGCCAUUUCUGUACAAUAUGCAUCUACUAAUCAUCAAAAGUAAACACAGUUGCUGAGGCCCUAAGAAGACACCGCUGAGGGAUAGAGUCCAUUUCCAGUGGGCCGCACCUGGGCCCAGGCUGCCGGACAGCAAUCGUGAAACAUGUUGACAAGAGCCUCAAGGCAGUUUGUACCCUUUGAUCCAAUACUCAUGUGGGAAAGAACAUAAAAGGGAAAAAAAUGUCAUUCAUUUAAAUAUGUUAAAGAUGUUCAAAACACCACACAUUUUAACAGCAAAAGCACAACACAAAACAACACAAAGGCCCAGUAAUAGGAAAAUAUCUAAGCACAGAUAGGGAAUACCAUCCAGCUGGAUAAUAGGUGACAGUUAACAAUGACAGGUAGAUAUACUGUCGACUCAUAGAUGACUGAAAGAUGAUGCGUAGGUAAGAGUGAGAGAGAUAAGACCGACAGACAGAUGUGCCUUACCACAAGUGUAGCAGCACUUUCAGCAAAUAGGCAGAGAAGUGGGAUUGUUUAGGCUACUCAACAUUAAAAUUUAUUUCAUUUUUCUGAAAAGUUAAACUCCCAGGGCAUUUCCCAGAGGGGGGCGUAAGUCAGGUUGACGCGUGUAAAUAAGCAGGAGUGCACUACUGGCUGACUGAGGCAGGCCUCCUCACAGAGGGGUUCAGAAGGACUAUGAGGGAGCCCAGUGGAGAGAACCCCUUUUUCUCAACUUUUAAAACUCAACCGGACCCUCUUCCUCUAGGAGGGACUCCCCUUUGGCGACCUCUGCCCUGCUGGCCAUUUCUGCCCUGCUGGCACCAAGGAUGCCAGGCAGAGACCCUGCCCAGUUGGCACCUGGAAUGCAGAGAGAGGGGCACAGGAUGUGAGCUGGUGCCUGCCCUGCCCACCUGGGUUUUUCUGUGCUGCAGCAGGCCAGGCUGCCCCCAGGGGCCCGUGUGCACCAGGUGAGGGCAUCCAUAUCUCCCCCGAUGGCCCGGCAGGAAAAGCACCAAGCAGAGGAUGGUCAGGUCUGCCACCUGGGCUCUGGCCCUAGGACCCUCAGCUCCCGAGGUAGAGACAUGUUAGCGAGAGCUUAGGGGAAGUGUGCCCAGGUCAGUGAGGCUCGGCUUGGCCUUGGGAGGCAGGCUGGAAGCUACUAGGUUUCCCUUCUAAAUGGAUUGUUCCGAGUCCUGAGGCCUAGAUGAGGGGGAAGGAGAAGGAAAAGAAGGGCCAGGGAUGAGGAAGGGCAGUGGUGUUCCAAAGGCUAAGGAAGAGUCUUCUGCCUGCUUGGCCCGGGAAGGCCCAUCACCUUGUCUGUGAUUGGGACAACACUUUGACCUUCCCCCAAGGGCCUCUGGAUUGGGGGGGGGGGGGGUGGGUUCCACGUACAACAGAAUAUCCAUGGGUUCACUGGGGAGUGAAAUUUAGGUUCAGAUGGAUGAGACUCAGGCACUCUGCUCCACCAUCCUGCCACCCACCUCAGCCUCCCUUUGACUAAAUGGUGAACACGUAUUUGAAGGUGUACAUUCAAAGGGACCUAGUUAAUAGCUCAUCUGGGAUAUCCACAGAGCAUGUUGCCAUCAAAGCUGUUAUUAGUGUGGCAGGACCCUUAUGGAUGGGAAGGCAAGUAGCACAGCUCCAGCAC